GGCCGCCGGCGGGAAGGCGCUGCGGCUCGGGCAGCCCUCGCUGACUGGAGCUCGCCCGGCCUCGCGGUAGGCCUCGGCGCGUCCCUGGGCUCGGGUGUCAGCUGUGAUGCAUGUUUAAAAGGAAACUUUCGAGGUCGCAGAUACAAGUGUUUAAUUUGCUACGAUUACGAUCUUUGUGCAUCUUGUUAUGAAAGCGGGGCAACAACAACAAGGCAUACAACUGACCACCCGAUGCAGUGCAUAUUAACAAGGGUAGAUUUUGAUUUGUACUAUGGUGGGGAAGCUUUCUCUGUAGAGCAGCCACAGUCUUUUACUUGUCCCUAUUGUGGAAAAAUGGGCUACACGGAAACAUCUCUUCAAGAACAUGUUACUUCUGAACAUGCAGAAACAUCAACAGAAGUGAUUUGUCCGAUAUGUGCAGCGUUACCUGGAGGCGAUCCUAAUCAUGUCACAGAUGACUUCGCAGCUCAUCUGACACUUGAACACAGAGCCCCUAGAGAUUUAGAUGAAUCGAGUGGUGUUCGGCAUGUACGUAGAAUGUUUCACCCCGGCCGGGGGCUGGGAGGCCCCCGUGCGCGUAGAUCAAACAUGCACUUUACUAGCAGCUCCACUGGCGGGCUCUCCUCCUCGCAGAGCUCCUACUCUCCCAGCAGUAGAGAAGCCAUGGAUCCUAUAGCUGAGCUGUUAUCUCAGUUAUCAGGAGUGAGACGUUCUGCAGGAGGACAGCUUAACUCUUCAGGCCCUUCCGCUUCUCAGUUGCAACAAUUGCAGAUGCAGCUGCAACUUGAGCGGCAGCAUGCGCAGGCAGCACGGCAACAACUGGAGACAGCUCGCAACGCAAGCCGGCGCACUAACACAAGCAGUGUCACCACUACAAUCACACAGUCCACGGCCACAGCCAACACAACCAACACGGAGAACAGCCAGCAGGCUCUCCAGAACUCCCAGUUCCUAUUAACAAGGUUGAAUGAUCCCAAAAUGUCUGAAGCAGAGCGCCAGUCCAUGGAAAGCGAGCGUGCAGACCGCAGCCUGUUUGUCCAGGAGCUCCUUCUGUCCACAUUAGUGCGUGAAGAGAGCUCGUCCUCAGAUGAGGACGAGCGGGGGGAGAUGGCAGAUUUUGGUGCUAUGGGCUGUGUAGAUAUUAUGCCUUUAGAUGUUGCUUUAGAAAACCUAAAUUUAAAAGAGAGUAAUAAAGGAAAUGAGCCUCCACCACCUCCUCUUUGAUGACCUCCCCACUCGCAGACAAUGUCCUCUGUGCUGUAUUUGCCAAUGAAAGUGGACAACAGCUAUCCUGGGUUUGUUUGGUGAUUGUAAUUUCAGGUCUGUCACUCUUGUUACAUUGUGUACAUUCAAAAGGAAGAAAGAAAAUAUAUAUGAUAAUCAUUUCCACUUAACUAAUUUUUACUUCUAGCAGGUAAAUGUAGGUAGCAGUGCAGGGUGAUCUCUGCUUCCUGUACCUUGACAUGCAAAAGGCUCUCCUAAUAUUCCACAUUCAAACUGAAGAGGAAAUUGAAAUCUCUAAUGAAGCUGCUGUGUGUAUUUAUGAAUAUUAAUGAAUAAAAACUGCUUGGAUGGUUUACCUAACUACUGCAUGAGGUUUUUUGCAGCGUGCAUGAGUUUCAGUGGCCUUGUUAUUUAAGAAAAAUUAAAUACAAGGAGUAAAACUUAAAUAAAAUUAAAAAAAAUAAGGUACAAAGCCCAAAGCUUUUCCAACAUUAUUCAGUGGUUACAGGGCAGAGUAGCUUUUGAAUAAUUUCUGCCUGACUCACCCUUAUACAUGUGCCUCCUACGGACAAAGCCAGCUCUGCAGUGAAACCUGGGGGUCCUAGCCAGGUGUGGCACUUGGCUGUGUGACUGUCCUGUUGCCUGUUAACCAUCUUGUUCCUGCGGAGCCCAGCCUGUCUAGCUCGUCAGUAGAAGACAACAGUAAAGGCGGGUGUGCUGCAGGGCAUCUCUGUGCCCUUUAAACAGAUAUCAUUUGUGUUUGUUGGAAGUUUUUACUUUUUGUGGUUGUUUAAAAAUUUUUGAUUGUUAAACAUGUUCAUUCAGGUGUAGAUGAAUUUCAUUUAUUGACUAUUCAGCGAAGUUAACCUGAAUUAUGUUGUCAUGUUUUUAAGAAUCUCACAUUCUCAAUCAUACUUUGCGUUAUUUAUGUAUUUGUAGUUUGCUGAGACAGAUCAGUAUGAGGACUUGCCUUCCCAGGUUUUGUCAACCAAAUUCUUAAUCCUAAUUUUAGCACCUUUUAUUUAUUGUUUUUUUUCCUGGCAUAAAAAGUAAAGCCUUUUAA